AACCCGCACGGCCACACGCCAUCACACACCACCGUCGUCCCCGGCCCAACCGACCUAAUACCGACCCGACGACGGCGAGGGCCAAGCCCGCCGCGGCAAUGGAGGUCUCCUCCCCCUCCUCCGCCUCCUCCUCCUCCUCCGCGCAGCCCCCUCCCAAGCCCCGCCUCCGCCUCAACCCGGCCGCGCUCCUCCUCCGCCCCGCCCCGCCAUCGGCUCCUCCGCCCGCGGGGCCCGCCCCCACCGCCGCGCCUCCCCCGCGGCCGGGGCUCACCGCCCACCCGCUCGUCGCCUUCCUCUCCUCCCUCGUCCCGCGCCGCGGCGGGGAGCGGCCGGGCCCCGCCGUGGCGGUGGCGGCGGCGCGGAGGGCGGCGGAGAGGGACGCCCUGGCGGAGCUGCAGAUGGCCGGGUGCGCGGUGCCGCUCUUCCGGCCCUACGUGGCGCGGCUGCCCUGGCACGGCGGCGCGCGGGCGUGGCUGUCCAAGCUCUUCCCGCGCUACGGCCACUACUGCGGGCCCAACUGGUCCAGCGGCAAGGAGGCCGGCUCCGUGCUCUGGGACCGCCGCCCCGCCGACCACCUCGACUUCUGCUGCUACUGCCACGACAUGGCCUACGACACCCACGACCAGGCGCAGCUCCUCCGCGCCGACCUCGCCUUCCUCCGCUGCCUCGAGGGCAGCCGCAAGACGCCCGCGCUCGACGGCGUCGCCGCCGCCGCCAUCUACCGCUCCAUGUGCAUCUUCGGGCUCAAGACCAUACUGAUACCCUACAGGACGAACCUGGUGCGGCUGCAAACCGGACCCAAUUACGCCGACGCAUUCGCCGAUUUCAUGAAGAGGAUGGCCUCGUCUUCGGGCAGGGCGACGACGGGCGGCGAGAAGCAAAGAUUGUGAGGGGCAACAACUCGGUGAUUGAAAUCUAGCAACUGUGCAUAACCAAGUUUUCACGAUGUAGCAACUGUAGUUACAGAUGGGGAACUUGGUACCCCCAAUGUGUAUAUAGCUUAGCAUACCACCAUAUCAACAAUGUAACUUAGCACGUCAAGGAAUUGCCAAAUUGUUACACUGCUGAUUAAAUCAGGUUCGAUCCUGCA